AUGGCGUCUAAAUGCAUCUGCCAAAUAUGUACUUGCGGGCGACAUUAUUGCAAACAUCUCCCCACAAGUUUCAUGAGCAAAGGCGAGAAGCAGCAACAGUGCCGACUCACUGAAUACAACGCGAAAUACAAAGAACACGAACUAUACAAAGUGGAACCAUUCAGGCCGAAAAUAAAGCCUUUACCUGAAGGAAAAAUUGAAGAUAAAACAAUACAAAGAGUUGAUUUUCAACCAUACCCAGUGGAAAAACCUUGGGUUCGACCACAAGAGGUCUGGCAAAAACCACCAGGAAACAUGGAAGGACUUACGUCAUACAAAAAGGAAUUCACGGGGAGACACAUAACUCCACCUCUCCCCAUUCGCCAUGAUGCAAUGCCGACAGUAUCUGGAAAGUUUCAAGGCGAACCAACCUAUAAGAGCGACUACAAAAAAUGGGAUGCUAGUCCCAUGGUCAAAUUUAGUCAUCCAUCAAGCUGGAGACCUCCAACCUUAUUGGAAACUGGUGCCGCACCAUUCAAGUUUGAAAAAGAGGCUGACACUGGACAUCGCUUCUAUAAUAUGUCUAACAGACAUUUAUCCCCCCUUGUGACCAACAGACAAGAAGUGGCAGUGGCAUAG